CACAGCGGCGGCAGCGGUAACGCGGCUACGGCAGCGAGACGAGACCCCCUCUACCUGGAGGAGCCAGGACCCGGGGCAGUCAUGGCAGCGAACAUGUACCGGGUUGGAGAUUAUGUUUAUUUUGAGAACUCGUCCAGUAACCCACUGCUGAUCAGGAGGAUAGAGGAGUUGAACAAGACAGCCAAUGGGAACGUGGAGGCCAAAGUGGUGUGUUUUUACCGGCGCAGGGACAUCUCCAGCACACUCAUCGCCCUGGCAGACAAACACGCAAGAGAGCUGGAGGAGGAGAUGGAGAACACUGAGAUGGUGGACCUGCCCGAGAAACAGAAACACCAGCUCAGACACAGAGAGCUCUUCCUCUCCCGCCAGCUGGAGUCCUUACCGGCCACACACAUCAGGGGGAAGUGCUGUGUGACGUUGCUGAAUGAGACGGAGGCACUGAAGUCCUACUUGGAAAGAGAGGAUGCCUUCUUCUACUCGCUGGUGUACGACCCUCAGCAGAAGACUCUGUUGGCUGAUAAGGGAGAGAUCCGUGUGGGGAACAAGUACCAGGCUGACAUCACAGACCUCCUGAAAGAAGGUGAGGAAGACGGUAGGGACUUGGCCAAGUUGGAGGAAAGGGUGUGGGACCCCAGCAGUUCCCUGACAGAGAAACAGAUCGACCAGUUCCUAGUUGUGGCCCGGUCAGUGGGUACGUUCGCCAGAGCCCUGGAUUGCAGCAGUUCAGUCCGGCAGCCCAGCCUUCAUAUGAGUGCUGCUGCAGCAUCUAGAGAUAUCACAUUGUUCCAUGCAAUGGACACCCUCCAUGCCACAGCCUACGACAUAACGCGGGCCAUUGCAGCCCUGGUACCCCAGGGCGGGCCCGUCCUGUGCCGAGACGAGAUGGAGGAGUGGAGCGCGUCGGAGGCCAACUUCUUCGAGGAGGCGCUGGAGAAAUACGGAAAGGACUUCACCGACAUCCAGCAGGACUUUUUGCCCUGGAAGUCUCUGACCAGUAUUAUCGAGUAUUACUACAUGUGGAAGACCACAGACAGAUAUGUACAGCAGAAACGGUUAAAAGCAGCAGAGGCAGAGAGCAAGUUGAAGCAGGUCUACAUCCCUAAUUACAACAAGCCCAACCCUAAUCAGCUGAGCAACAGUGUAAAACCAGCCCUGGUGAAUGGAGCGGCAAGCACAGGGGUCCCCAGUCCUCUGGGUCAGACUCCUACCCUAGGUCGAGCCUGUGAGAGCUGCUACACCAGCAGCUCCUACCAGUGGUAUUCGUGGGGUCCUCCAAAUAUGCAGUGUCGUCUGUGCGCCUCCUGUUGGACCUACUGGAAGAAGUACGGAGGUCUGAAGAUGCCCACCAGGUUGGAUGGAGAGAGGCCUGGACCCAACCGCAACAAUAUGAGUCCCCAUGGCCUGCCCCUGCGGCACAGCGGCAGCCCGAAGUUUGCGGUGAAGACGCGGCAGGCUUUCUACUUGCAGACCACGGGACUGACGCGGGCGGCACGGCGUCUCUGCCAGGACAUCAUCAGGCCACGCUUCCUGGCCCGCCACCCCUACCUCCUUGUCAACACAGCAGCCAUCAAGGCAGAGUGUGCUCUGCGGUUGCCAGAUAAGCCUAAAAAGCCUUUGCCUAUGAAGCCUGUGGAACGCAAACCCCUGGAGUCAGUGGUUCGAUAUCUAGAAGCACACCCCCGUCCGGCCAAACUGGAACCCCCUCGCGGAGGGUCUAUCUCUACAGCCAGUCUGACACCUAUCAAGUCCUCCCCUAUUCUCAACAACGGCUCACCCACCAUCCUUGGCAAACGCAUCUAUGAACAGCACAAUGGACUUGAUGGCUCUAAAUCCAAAGCCCUGACUCCACAGUGGGACAUCAUGGCCAAGCGGGUGAGCGAGCCGGGACGGCCCUCAGUGCCCAUACAGGACGAGGUACAUGAACUGGACUGACCACUCCAUAGGAAUGUCUUCUAUUACAAAACCCCAUUGAGAGGGGUGCAUAUAAUGGAUAUGUGUUUUCCUAUGAAACAAAUGGCCAAAGGCAGCUGAAGUAAGCUGAAUGGAGAGGAGACUACAGCACUGGCUGCCUGGUAUCAGUCAGCAUGGGUCUGGCAGUCUGUUGAAGACCAACCGACCGUCUUCGUGAACGGAGUAUGGCUGUAGUCAAUAACAGGACUAGCCUGACUGUACAGGACUAUGUUUAUUACUUACAUUUCUCGUCAUUACUGUCAUUGUAAUUAUUAUUGAUAUUAUCGUUUUUGUUUUUGUUUGGGGUUUUUGUUGUUGUUGUUUUUUUAUUACCCGCUAUAACUUGGAAGCUUAUCAUUUAAAUGUCGAUCAAACGAUGAAGCUUAAGAAGUUUCGUGAAAAAUGCUUACAAAACCCUGUGGGAAAGGGUGGAAGGACUGUAACAUAAGCCACUUGCGAUCUUUUUUUUCCCAAGCAAUUUAAAUUACACAAGCAGACAAGCUUUUUUUUCAGUGACAUCAGUAACUCUUCUUCUGUUCUUUGAUUUGGAAUGAAUGCUUUAUGGGGUUCUCCUUCUAUUUUGUGAGCCGGUCCUGCUCUAUGGCCAGAGAGGUUUAACUUAUUAAGACAGACUUGCUGUUUUUUCUACCUUUUUCACAAGUAAUGCAUCUAUGCUUCAAUGAUGUAAUUAAAAAGAUAAUUGAUUUUCCCCUUUCCUUGUUGUGUUUAUGGAUGGAGAUGAGGAUGUGAAAACUUGUCCUAAAUCUGCUGCCACAUACAAGUUGUGCCAUCUGUCCACUUUGGUAUUC